GAUCCACACUUGAUAACAUUGGAACUACAGUAUAGAAUGCAUUCAUUCAUAUGCCAAGGACCAUCAAAUAUUUUUUAUGAUGGUAUAUUGAAAGCUGAUCAAAUUGUUGAAGAUAGAGGUCCACUAACUCAAUCCAUGGAUUCGUUUUGGCCUAGAGGACAGCUACAUCCUGUUUUAUUUCUGAAAGUGUAUGGAAUGGAAAGAUCUACAGAUUACAAAUAUUCAAGAAAAGUUGAUUCUCAUUCUAAAUGCAAUGAUGAGGAAGCUGAAGCUGUGCUAAAAUAUAUCAAAGUGUUAGUGAAAGAACAUGAUGUUAAACAUGAGAGCAUAGCAGUCCUCACUCCUUAUGGUGCACAAAAGAAUCUUGUUGCUGAAAUGAUAAAGAAUGACUGUGAGCUAAAAACAAAGGAAAGUUUAAGUGUUGCUACUAUAGUUGAGAGUCAAGGUGAUGAGUAUGAUAUUGUCAUACUAACAACUGUCAGAUCACAAGAAGUCAGUGAAAUUAGGUAUAAACAGUAUGUUCAACCUGACAGACAAUGGUUAAAUGAAAAUCUUGGUUUUCUGACUGAUGAUCAUCAGAUCAAUGUUGGUAUCACUCGUGCUAGAUAUGGGCUUAUAAUCAUUGGUAAUGAUAUAUUACUAAAGUAUGAUGCAACAUGGAAUAAGCUGAUUGAAAUUUAUGAAAGUGAAGGAUGCAUUCGUACAGUAUAGUUAGCAAUAGUUUAAAUUAUUUUUGAAGCAUCGGCUGAUAUAUUUAUGUAACAUACUUGUAUUUUAGAUUAAUUUUUAUCUCCUUUUGAUUAAUAUAAACGAAAAAAUAAUUAUUAUAUUUUUAUUAUCUAUGUGAAUUAAAGUUUGCCACUUUUAUAGAGUUGAAUAUUUAAGAA